AUGAGCACCGCAGACAGAAAGCCUACUUCUUUGAAAUACAGGAUAGGCAAGGUGAAACAGAUACCGACAGUUGUGAAGGAUGAAAAGUCUGGGUUAGAAAGUAUACAGAUUCCCAGCAGGGAAAAUGAACCCGUGUACGGUGUGACCAACUUUUUGAACAAUUAUAGAGAAGAAGAGAAAUUAGGACAAGGGACUUUUGGGGAGGUUUUCAAGGGAAUCCACCUAGGUACGAACAGGAAAGUUGCCAUCAAGAGAAUUUUGGUUCGUGCGGAAAAGGACUUGUUUCCCAUUACAGCUCAAAGAGAGAUUACGAUUCUCAAGCGCAUGAAUCAUAAAAAUAUCGUGAAGUUGAUUGAAAUCGUCUACGAUGAGUCUCCAACGCCCAAGACCGACACCAACGGUCCUCAUCCGGUAGGAAACUACAAUAACAAUAAUACAAAUCCUCCCAAGCUAAUAACGGGGAAACACUUCUUCAUGAUAUUGCCUUAUAUGGUGUCCGAUCUAACGGGUCUUUUGCACAAUCCAAGGGUUCAGUUCGACAUGGGAGAUGUGAAGAACAUAAUGUUGCAGCUAUUUGAAGGUAUCAACUAUAUUCACUGCAACAAAUUUUUACAUCGAGACAUUAAGACUGCUAAUAUUUUGAUAGACCACAAGGGGGUCGUCAAGAUUGCUGAUUUCGGAUUGGCGAGAAACUAUUUUGGAUCCCCACCCAAUCUCAAGUUCCCCGGAGGGGCAGGGUCUGGUGCUAAGUACACAUCCGUGGUGGUUACUCGCUGGUACAGAGCACCGGAAAUUGUGUUGGGUGACAGAUACUAUACAACAGCUGUUGAUAUAUGGGGUAUAGGUUGCGUGUUCGCGGAGUUCUUCGAAAAAAAACCAAUAUUGCAAGGUCAAACGGAUAUCGAUCAAGGACACGUUAUUUUCAAAUUGAUGGGAACUCCAUCCAUGGAGGAAUGGGCCCUUGCAUACCAUCUACCAGGAUCAGAAUUAACAAAGACAAAUUAUAAAAGAACUUUAAACGACCGUUUCUCGAGGCAUUUAAAUGAAACGGGAUUGGAUCUACUUUCCAAACUAUUGGCUCUAGAUCCUUACAAGAGAAUUACGGCUAUGAUGGCAAAAAGGCAUCCUUUCUUUACCGAAGAGCCUCUUCCAAGCUCCAUGAUCAAGUUACCUAACGAAGAAUCUCAUGAAUCUGACAUUAAAAGGUAUAAAAACGAACUGAAUGAAGCAAUGACUCAACGGCCGCCAUCGGCUCCCGCAGGACACAACUCAACAGACAAUUCUAUAAGAUCUGUAUCGGGUACGGUAUUCCCUAAAGAAGGAACCACACCAAAAGUUAUCAGAGCUGACCUUCCGAAGCCUAGCAUUCCUGUACAACCUGGUCCUUCUAGGUACAAUGCGUCGGUUACAGUACCACCAACAGUGCCAAUGCCAGUACCAUCGCGCUCUGUUCCAAAACAACCUGCUGGUAUAACUUUACCAAAGGGUCCAAAGAAUGGCGCUCCUUCGGGCCCUCAUAGGUUACCUCCUAAUCCAAGGGGCACUUUCCCAUCGAAGUACCCUGUGGAAUCGAGAUUUGGUCCAAACACCAGAAUUACCACCGAAUCUUAUAAUGCCGGAAAGAGAUACCAGAGCAGGUGGGAUGGUGGGGCAGAAAGAGAAAAGGGUUAUCGUAGUAAGCCUUACGGAUCAUCGAAUGAGAGAGGACAUUAUCAAUCAGAACAAAUACCAUCCGGACCUAGACCUAAUUCAUACCCUAACAGGUACCAUAAUCGUGAUUAUAAUCAAAUGCAUCAUACAGGAAGUUCUCACAAUACAUAUAAUGAGUACAAGCCUCAUAGCAGCAGUAAUACUAACAAUAGUUACGGUAUCAAGCGAAGAUACAAUAGAACGUCGGAUGCUGACACAGCUCAGGAUCCAAAUCAACAAAAUACACGGGCUAACCAGUCCCAUACGGAUGCAUCGAAUUCUGAAGAUGUGAAGCCAAAAGAUGUUGCAGACUACUACUGA